AUGGAAUUCACAUGCAGAAGACGUUGGUACCUUCAACUGGGGUGUCUCUUGAUGGUGAAUUUCGUUUAUGGCACCUUAGAAUAUCAAAUAGAAGCCCCUGCCAGCCUAGGAGAGAUUGAUAAUCAGUGCUGGGAAAUCUCUUCUCAUAAGCUGGUACAAAUGAAGAAACUUAGGGUAGCAGGCACAGUUAUUGCUCUCUGGGAAUUCAUGAUGUUUUUAAAAGAGUCAUCUAAACCCAAGCAUAAUGAUGUCUUCAAUGAUUUGGCUCAGAACUUCUGGGACAUGUACAUAGACUGUGUGCUCUCAAGAUCUCAUGGAAUGGGCAGGAGACAGUUAGUAUCUCCAGAGAAUACUAUUACACAUACACAGAAAAUCUCAGAAGUGGACGAGAUGUCGUCGGAAUCGAUUCAGCAGUUAGACUUAUCGGAUGUGCCACGCCGUCAGCUUCAAAGAAGUCAAGUCCGGGUGUCAGAUCGCUUCGUUGUGCUAUGUUAA